CCGUGUUCACACGCUGUUACAGUUCUCUAUUUAACUGCCACGGGGCGCGUGCUACUCAGUACAUUACGAUCGCGCGACUCAACUACGAGUUUUUUUAUUCCCAGCUUUAUUUAAAAACAAUAAAAUCGUAUGUGAGGAGUGAUUUCAAUUAUACGUGUGCUGAAAUGGUGUUCAGUGAUUUUAUUUGAAAAGAUACCACCAUGCUGCUAUUAUUUCUCGUCGGACUCACGGCAGUUGCAUCCCAGGAGAUAAGACCACCACCUGUACAAUGUCCCACCUGCAUCAAAGUGGAUAACAUCUGCCACAAUAUUUCACACCUCUUACAAUUACAAGCAUCUUUUAGAACAGUCGUUGUUAUCACCGAAUUAGGAAUACUACGUUCCAAGAACAUACUUUUUUAUGCUUUUGAACCAAACAUUACCGAUAAAGAAUACUAUAAGGUUGGAUAUGUGAAUUUAGAUAAUUUCAACGAAACUGGUGUAGUCGUUGGUGCAAGUGCGGUCAAUUUGAUUACUUUUGAUAUUAUACAGUCUAAUGGAACAAUUUAUUAUGGAGGUGGAGACGCCUUGUAUGUUUCCGACAAAUUUAACACUGUGCACUUUUUUGGCUCAAAAGCUGAUAGAAUUAGAAGUGUAGUAGUGUACAAAAACGAAGUACAUUUCGUUAGAGAUGGCGAGGGUAAGAUUGUUAAAAAGCAAGGUGAUAAUUUCAAAAUUUACGAUUUGUACACUAGCGUAAAAAACUUUUUAAUAAACAAAGAAGGUAAUAUGUUUUUUUUGAAUAACAGCGGUUUGUAUUUGAAUAGGUUUGAGACGGAUUUAACGGUACGUUUGUCAAAGAAUAACUUUUUCAGAGGAUUGACUAUGGACUUGAAUGAAAACUUCUACGCUUGGUGGAUAGAUGGCAUUUAUAAAGUUGUAAAAGGUAGAGAUUUCUUAGACGCUAAGUUGGUAAGAGUAGCUGAUAUUCCUAACAUAGGUGCCAUGACUUUUGACAAUGGUAAUAAUUUCUUGUUCACGACGUCAAAGAGCUUAUUUAAACUGACAUCGACUAACGAUGCUGACGUAAGGUGUUAAAUGGAAACAUUUAGCAGCAAUUGUAAAUAAUACGGGACGGCUUCAAAUUUACUUAAAUAGAUAUAGUAAUGUUAUAUAAAACAUCGCAUGUUCGAUCAGAAAUUGAUGAAUUUUGAAAAGUAACAUUCUAAGUAAACUGCCAAAACUAUUAUUGUUUAUGAAACUAGUUUGUAUGUAUGUCUCUGUCGCCAUCUCUGAGGUGCUGGGUUCGUUGUCUCAGGUCUGGGUGUUUGCAGUACUGUCGUUGGUUCCGAUUCCCACAAGUGCUCUAGUUACUUACUUUGUGAUCACAGUGAUGUUGUCUAAUAAUAGUUUGUGGUUAUAAUUGAUACAAAAAUUUAACAAAUUGUAAGAAACAUUUUUUCGAUCCAGCUGGAUUUAAACCACUGACACUUUCUACUACUAGAGAGUACUUUGUUAAAUAUAGAAUAAUGACUGUAAUUUCAUUGUCUAGAUACAGAUCGUUAUUAUGAAAAAAAUAAUUGUAAGGCGAAGAUAUCAGACAUACAUACAUAUAAC